GUUUACAUCUUUGUGAAUAGUGGUCACAUGACUGUAGUCUUAUGAUUUAUAUCAAAGAAAACUAUAUAUAAAUACCAAAGCACCUUGGACUGUUUCAUAGGAUUUAAGAAUAUUGUCUUCUUAUCGUAAAUAUAUACUUAUACGAUGGUAAAUACCCCUGACGUCGAGUCGCAAGAGAGAAACAAAGGCGAUGGAAUAACAUGGUGGUGUAAAUUGUUCGCACGAGGAGUUGGGGUUGUAGCAGCAAUCAUCUGCGCGAUAUGUGCAAUAACCACUUUUCUUUCUGGUACCUUUGGUUUGGAUGGAUUGUGCAUAACAGCAGCUGUUUUAAUGAUAUUGAACAGUUUCAUUUUGUUGAUGUUUGAAGCUCCAAUCUGCUGUGCAUUUUGUGAAAUUACUCAGCCAAUUUCAAACUGGGUCGAAAAGAGACAAUACUGGCAAAAAGGACUGCUCUACAUUGGAUUUUCAAUACUGCCAGUUGCACUGUGUCGGUCAAUUGCCACUAUAUUAGGCUGUGUUUGCCCAUUUGCAGCUGGAGUUAUAUAUGGCUUGAUGUCAUUGGGAAAGAAAGCUGACCGCAAUGAAAUGUUGGCAAAUGCUGGCGGAGGUUUUGAAAAAUUUGAAAAUGAACCUGGGUCAUAAUGUCUCUGGUUAAUCUUAUUCAAUUUGAAGCAACAAAAUUUCUAUAUUUCUUAUUUAUAAUCGAUCAAUCCCUGAAUUGCAAUUGACAGCAAAUACGUGUCAGUUGUUGUGCAUAACUCUUAGGCCGUAGUAGGUACAUUAUUAGUCUGUUUGGUAUGGUUCUAUUAUUUCUUCUUUAUGUAAUCAGCAACAUUGGUACAGCAUUUAGAAUUACGGUGCUAUUCCUCCUACAUGGUAAGGCAGUUUAAACAGACGGUUCCAGGUUUGUUCUUCUUGUGAUAAAAAUGAGGCAUUUCUUUCAAUACUGCGAUUUAAUAUAAAAGUAUUUCUUUAUCAAUGCGUGCCAUAGAAUUCCAUUUAUAUGUUCGUAGCGUUCUGUAAAUAUGCUUCCGUAAUUAUCAUGUAGCUACCAGCACUUACUCGACUGUAAAAAGUGCAAUAAAUGUCGUGAUAUAAGAACUGGAACACAUUAGAAAAGAAGCAGCUA